GCCCUAACAAAUGUUCCACGCCCGCCACAAAAUAAUUUCCCCGAAUUAAGCGAGGCGGGCAGCUUGGGGCUGGAUUGGGAAGGAAGGGAUGGCGGGCGUUUUAGCGUGCGCCAGAGUUUCCUGUCGCUGGUUUGUGCUGGCGUUGUGCUGCUUGUGCUGCGUUGUGCCCUGGCGCCCCCGCCCCAAAUUCGGCGAGGCAUGCACUGUGUGCGUGGUUGUGUGGUUGUGUGCGCGUGAAUGUGCGGCGUGUGCGUGCGUGUGUGUCAGAGAAAGGCUCGACUUAGAAGCCCAAGCCCCGGGCUGGUUUCUCUUCAUCACCUCCGAAAAAAACACCACACAAAGGCAAGCUCCCGCCAGGUCAUGCGACCGUAACCCAACUCUCUCCGCCACAAGUUUCCCGGACUCAGUGUCGCCCUUCAAGUUUCUACGCCCUCGGACGGUAGGCGAUAAGCCCAGGCGACAAGAUGUCAGGCGUCGCUAGCAAGGUACGUUUUGUGUGUUGUGUGUGCUGCGAGUGCUGUGUGCCUUGUCACAGCCGCUGCUUGCGGGCCAUGAUGCUGCUUUCCGCUUGGAUUGCC